CUAGCAAUGUUUCGCAAAAUCCGAACUUUCCGCUGCCGCUGCACUGAACCAGCUUCGCUCCCCGCGAGAUUCACCAUGAGCCCAGUUCGCAAAAGCCAUGGUUUUUGAGCAAGCUCCCGCGGGCAAGGCAUGCAGUCGCUGGACUCGCUGCUUCAGAAAUGCACCUCCCUCUCCCGCAUCAAGCAGCUCCAAGCCCAUCUGCUGGUCACCGGCCAGUUCCAGUCGACCAACGCCCGCACGAGGCUCGUCGAGCUCUGCGCAAUCUCGCCUUCCGGCGACCUCUCUUUCGCGACCCGCGUUUUCCACCGCAUCCACCGCCCCUCCACGAACGACUUCAACGCCAUCCUCAGGGGCAUCGCCCAGAGCCCCGAGCCCGCCGGUGCCGUCUCUUGGUACCGCGCCAUGCUGCGCGGCUCCCGCAGGGUCGACGCGCUCUCUUGCUCCUUCGCCUUGAAGGCUUGCGCGCGCGCCCUCGCGAUCUCCGAGGCGAUGCAGCUCCACUCCCAAGUGGUGCGUUUCGGGUUCUGUGCGGACGUGCUGCUGCGGACGACUCUGCUCGACGUGUAUGCGAAGGGUGGCGAUCUUGAUUCUGCGGAGAAGGUGUUCGAUGAAAUGCCCGUGAGAGAUAUUGCCUCGUGGAACGCGUUGAUUUCCGGGCUGGCUCAGGGCCAUCGACCCACUGAGGCUAUAUCUUUGUAUAAGAGGAUGAAAGAGGAAGGCUUGAAGCCUAAUGAAGUUACGGUUAUUGGUGCUCUUUCCGCGUGCUCGCAGCUGGGAGCCACGCGAGAAGGUGGAAGGGUUCAUAACUAUAUAACGGAGGAGAAGCUUGAUCAGAAUGUCCAAGUUUGCAACGUUGUUAUUGACAUGUAUGCCAAAUGCGGGUUUGUUGAUAAAGCUUAUGAGGUUUUUGAUGGUAUGAGGUCCAGGAAGUGUCUUGUUACGUGGAAUACCAUGAUCAUGGCAUUUGCGAUGCAGGGUGAUGGAUAUAAAGCCAUUGAGCUUUUCAAGCAGAUGAGUCAAGCUGGGGUUGAACCCGAUGCAGUAUCAUUCCUUGCUGCUUUAUGUGCGUGCAACCAUGCGGGAUUAGUGGAAGAGGGGGUUAGGUUGUUUGAUUCGAUGAAGGAAUGUGGGGUAGUUCCAAAUGUGAAGCAUUAUGGUACAGUCGUUGAUUUGUUGGGCCGAGCUGGACGUAUCAAAGAGGCAUAUGAUAUUAUAACAUAUAUGCCGAUGAUGCCGGAUGUGGUAUUCUGGCAGAGUUUGCUUGGUGCUUGCAAGACUUAUGGAAAUGUGGAGAUGGCUGAGAUUGCCUCGCGGCACCUUCUAGAAAUGGGUUCCAAUGGUUGUGGUGACUUUGUGCUAUUGUCCAAUAUCUAUGCAGCUCGCGCAAGGUGGGAUGAUGUUGGUAGAGUGAGAGAAGCUAUGAAAAAUAGGGACAUAAAAAAGGUGCCUGGUUUUAGCUAUAUUGAAGUGGAUGGUAAAAUACACAAGUUCAACAAUGGAGACCAAGGCCAUGAAAGUUGGCAAGAGAUAUAUAGGAAGCUAGAGGAGAUUAGGUUCAAGAUUACAGAACACGGUUAUGUGGCAGGGACUGACUUUGUGUUGCAUGACAUUGGUGAUGAGGAGAAAGCGAAUGCCAUAUGUUAUCAUAGUGAAAAGCUGGCUGUUGCUUUUGGUUUGAUUAGUACAGCUGAGAGGACCCCUAUUCAAGUAAUAAAGAAUCUAAGAAUAUGCGGGGAUUGUCAUGCCGUGAUAAAGCUUAUAUCAAAGAUAUACAAUAGGGAAAUCAUCGUGCGGGAUCGUACCAGAUUUCACAGAUUCAGAGAGGGAUCUUGUUCUUGCAGAGACUACUGGUGAAACUGAUUGGCAGGAGAAGUCAAAACUUGAAUUUGUAUUGCCCAGUUAAAUGCCAAAGCAUCCAUUAAAAGAUUGAGGAAACAGGUAACAAAUUAUAUACAAUCCAUCUAUUUCUUUCUACUAGUACCCAUUGCUGUUUACAUGUUAUGGGGGAGAAAUAAUGACAUAAAAAAGUUUGAAUAAGGGAUGACAGCGAUGUCAUUAUGAAUCAGUUUGUUGUUUUGUGGGAAGAGUUUUUGGUGGGUAAAAUUAAGGCUGACCAUAAUCCUUAAUAUGAGAAAGCUUGAUUAGGCAUUUUUUCAGCAUAGGACUGGUAAUCAAGCCUCCACCUUUCUCUAGUUUAAUUGUUGGCACCCUCUCGAAUCUUUACUCGGGCAUACUUUAGGUGACAGGCUAUGUUUCUAGAAUUUCCAAUCCAAGCUCAAGUUUCAGCAAUUACGCAGGAUCAAACCUGAUUAUUGGCCUUGUCAUGCAAUGGCUGAUUUCUUGUGGACAUUCAAGCCACAAUUUGUGGUGCCUCAUUCCCAUCACAUCUAAAUUCUGAUACAGCUCAUCUGGAAGUCAUCCAAGAAUGACCUAUUUUCAGUUCCUCGUGUUUGGAUUUCUUUGCGAUCAAAGUCAUGAAAGUUUCCCGGGAUAUAUGGAGCAGGCUUCUACAACCGAGUGGAAUUUCCUGUGAGAUCGGAAACUGGACUGACUGGCUUUCUCGGGCUAGUCAACAUCUUCAAAGGGAAGUCCCUAGAAUGUUUGAGUUUGAAGAUUGCUUGCAAUUCAUGCAUUAAUAACAUUUGGAGGGCUAGAAAUUUGGCUUUGCAUCAGAGCAGGUCUUGUUGGCUGAUUCCAUUUAUAAGAGUGUCUCUCCCCAAAGCUCUGCCAUACACAGCUUUACUUGGCCGUUACGGCAAUAAAAGUCCCCGUCCGAAAAAUUGAGGAAUUUUAUAGGGCUAUGUGUUGACUCCCCAUAUUCGGUAGCAGGAGUGGCUACCCUGCGUUACGGUUGUGCAAAUAAAUGUACUCAAUCAUUCAAAAAGUAUUUGUUUAUUGAGUAUUUUUGUGAGGUACUUGCUCACUAAUUCAAAUGACUAUUUAUUGUCUGUACAUCAUUUAGUAACUUGUUUAGUAAA